AUGAUCAUGGCAAACAUAACCUCAAUGAGUGGAUUCCUCCUCAUCGGGUUUUCCCACAUUCGUGGGCUACAGAUUUUACAUGCUUUGGUUUUUUUAGUGGUGUACCUAUUAACAUUAUCAGGUAACCUCAUCAUUAUCAUCACCACCACUGUGGACCAGCAUCUCCAAGCCCCAAUGUAUUACUUCUUAAAGCAUCUUUCCCUCCUGGACGUCUGCUUCAUUUCUGUCACAGUCCCCCAGUCCAUUGACAAUUCUCUGAUGAAUGACGGCUAUAUUUCUUAUAGUCAGUGCGUACUCCAGGUUUUCAUCUUCACAUAUCUGGCUUGGUCUGAGGUGACCCUUCUCACAGUGAUGUCUUAUGACCGCUAUGCCGCCAUCUGCUUCCCGUUGCACUAUGAGAUCAUCAUGGAUCCUAGUAAGUGUCAGUGGGCUGUGAUAGCCAUAUGGUUAAGUGGAAGCAUCUCUGGAAUCUUGUUCACAUCAGCCACAUUCUCCAUCACAUUCUGUAAGGCCAAAAUAAUUCACCAGUUCUUCUGUGACAUUCCCCAGUUGCUAAAGCUCUCCUGCUCCAAUGAUUACCUUAGAGUGAUUGGAGUGUCAGUUUUCAUGUCUGUGGUGAUAUUCAUCUGCUUCAUCUGCAUUGUCAUCUCCUAUAUCCACAUCUUCUCCACAGUACUAAGAAUGCCCUCUGAGGAGGGCAGAUCCAAGGCCUUCUCCACUUGUCUGCCCCACCUCUUUGUUGUCUCAUUUUUUAUCUCCAUGGGUGCCUUUGCAUUUCUAAAACCAACUUCAGACUCUGCAUCUACUUUUGAUCUUAUGAUUUCUAUCUUUUAUACAGUCCUACCCCCGACAUUAAACCCUAUUAUCUAUGGUGUGAGGAAUGAAGCCAUGAGGGAAGCUUGCAGAAAGUUACUAUUGGGUGGACAAUUCACCAAGGAAAAAUUGUAUUUGUUCUGUUCUUGA